CCGAGCACCAGGAUCACUCCAGCUUCCCGGGACCUAACUGGGUAUACCCUCCCUAGCAACCCGGUACAGAGACCACUGCACUUCCCUCUCCUUUUGGAAUCGGACCCAUCCUUGAAAUGACUGUCCUUUCAGGAACAGCUGAUUGGUCUCCUGGAGAUUAAUCUUCCACUCCUGCAACCUCCAACGCAAUGCUGACAAGUCGACAACCCUGGUGACAUUGAAGUGUGGUUGGGUUUGGUUCCGGGGGGUGCUUCUCAUUGGGAAGUUACGGUAGCUGAAGCCAUUUCAUCAGGGAAGGCAGCACGGGAGGACAACUCUGGUUCACACAGUUGCAUCAGAGCCGAGCUGCAGUCCAGAGGUAGCACGUAGCAAGAGGUUUCGCUUUGUUGUUUGUGGAAUCUUGCUGUAUCAAAAUUGGUAGCCAUGUUUCGUACAUUACAAGAAGACUGCAAGACUGCACUUCAAAAGUACUUCAUUGGCUGUAAAGCACUUUGAGAUGUCCUGAGGUCAUGAAAAGCGCUAUUGAAAUCUGACAGCAUGAGUUUUGCAUUGUAUCACAGUCUCGCCUGGACCCAGCCAGGUCUGUUUGCUUCUCGAUGGUUACAGUUUAAUCACAGCUGCAUCAGGAAUUUCCAAACUGGGAUCCGGGUCGGGCUCAGCACCUGCAGACAAGCACAUAGCAAGACUUCAAGAAACCGUUGUGUGAAUCUUCCAUCAGCCACACCUUCUGUCCGAUAUAUCUUCAGUGGGAAAGGAAGUGAUGACAGAGUGCAGUCACUGGAGGACAUCGCGAGGCUCAUUCAGAACAAGGAGUGCUCCAGGAUUGUGGUGAUGUCUGGUGCAGGGAUCAGUACACCCAGCGGAAUCCCUGAUUUCAGGUCAUCAGGCAGUGGGCUCUAUGAUAAUCUACAGCAAUAUGACAUCCCAUACCCCGAAGCCAUCUUUGAAAUCAAUUACUUUUUCCACAAUCCAAAGCCUUUCUUUGCUCUGGCCAAGCAGCUCUACCCUGGAAACUGCAAACCCAACUUCACUCACUACUUUGUCAGAUUUUUACACCAAAAAGAGUUACUGCUACGAAUGUACACUCAGAACAUUGAUGGCCUGGAACGCAUGGCUGGAAUCCCACCGGAGAAACUAGUGGAAGCUCAUGGAACAUUUGCCACAGCAACCUGCACUGUCUGCCUGGAGAACUUCUCCUGGGAACAACUGAGGGAAGAUAUCAUGGAGAGGAAGGUGCCUCACUGCCCCUCCUGCUCUGGGGUAAUCAAACCUGACAUUGUCUUUUUUGGGGAACAGUUGCCAGCAAACUUCCACCGGUACAUCAUUGACUUGCCUUCCGCAGACCUGCUCAUCAUCCUGGGGACAUCACUUGAGGUGGAACCGUUUGCAAGUUUGUCAGAGACGGUGAGGAAAUCUGUGCCUCGAGUCCUCUUCAACCAGGAUCUGGUGGGCUCAGUCACUCGGAAUCCACUGAGGGUCAAUGAUGUUGUGGAGCUGGGGGAUAUUAUCAGGGGAGUGAAGAAAUUUUCCAAGAUGUUGGGAUGGAACGAGGAAAUUAACGACCUGCUUGCCAGAGAGCACGCAAAGUUGGAAAGGGAUAACAUUGAGCGUUCAAAGUGAGCUGAUGUCCUGUGAACUAGAUUCUCUCGCAACAUGUUUGAAAUAAAAUAUUCCUGGAAUUUUGAAGCUUUUAUUAUGAAUUCAGCAAGUCUCCACAAAAAAAAUCUGGAAAUUGUCACAUCAUAAACGCAGCAGAGAUUUGACUGAAACCCUUCAUUCUUGGCUGAACAGUUUAUAAGUUUCAGGCCAAGACCAGUGAGGCAUGAAGUGACUCCAUGGGACCCAGAUCUUUCUCUCAUAUUUUAACCUCAAAUCAAAUUGCAAAUGAAAACAAAAUGUGUAAAAUUAACCAUCAGAUUCCAUCUGAUCAGGUCAUGAUGACUUGAAUGUAUUUUGAGAUAUUGGACUAAUUUUCUGACGUACUUCUGAUGUAGUUCUCAGAAUAGCUUGAACCUGACCCAUCCUCCCAAAGUGGGAUGACAAGCUCUUUAUCAAUAGGUUUUAAACUUUACAUCCCAGCUCUGUGAGGGAUUCCAGGAAGUUUCUAGUCUGUCCAGACACGACUUUCCACAAAUUGUUCCUGCAUUCUCAUAAUAAACAUUUUCUGUGAAGAGUC